AUGGGUUCCGAGGUGCCCGCCGAGGAGGGCCGCAGCGAGGGCGCCCCCGAGGGAAUGCCGGGCCUGCUUACGUCGCCCCUCGCCGCCGCCGCCGUCGCUGCGGCCGCGGCCGCCGACUCGGCGGCGGCGGCCGCCAACACCCUGAUUGACACCGCCGGCGCGGCGGCGGACGCGGCGGCGGACGCCGCGGCCGCGGCGGUGUCGCUGGUGGCGGCCGCGCCCGAGCCGAGGGCGCCCUUUGGGGAGGACGAGCUCAGACUGCAGCAGCAGGUGCUGAGGGACAAUUACUCACCCUCAGCCCUCUUCAGCUUCGGCACAGCCAGCAGCGUAUUCCGCGCGGGCGCCGCCGCGUCGGCCUCGUUGUCGCGGCGCCCCAGCGGCGGUGGCGGCUCCCCGCUGCCGAGCGGCGGUUGUGGGGAUGAGGGCCAAGAGGAGGAGGCUGAUGCAGAGGUGGCGGCAGUAGGGGCGUCACCGCUUCUGGUGCAGGUGCGCGGCAUUGAGGCCGUGGCGGGGUUGCUGCGGGGUGCGCAGCUGCUGGCCCACACGUCACCGCAGAUCAAAAGCGUCGUCAUCCAACCGGAACGGGCGCUCAUGCUGGUGGUCUUCAACAUUCGGUGGCACCUGCUGCCCCUCACGUGGUGCGCGGCACUGCUCCAUCGAUGCCGCCCACACAUUUUCACUGGCCUUUCACUCACGCCUGGUCGGCUGGUGCAGCAGCAGGAGCAGCGGCAGCGGCAGCGGCGGCAGCAACAGCAGCAGCAACAGCAGCAGCUGCCUUUGAAUGCACUCCAGAACCCCUACAUGGAUUGGCUUCUGAGGCUGUGGGAGCCAAUAAGCGGUGCUGCCCUGGUGCUGCUGGUCACCUGGGUGACGCUGCUAGUGCAUGCAACCCACAAGGCGCUCGAGCGGCAGCGGCGACAGGCGGGCGGGGCGGGAACGCCGGCAGUCGGUGCAGCCGCGGAGGGCGGGCGCGAGGCGAGGCGGGGCGAGGCCGCCGGCACGCAUGCGGCCGCGGGCGGCAGGCUAGCCCACAGGCGGUCUGUUGGGACGGGCGCGGCAGUGUCGGCCACGACUAGCGGUCGCGAGCGCAACGCAGCCGACGCGCACGCGGCGCGCGCCGCAGCCCUGGAUUCCAACGGCGGCUUCCACAGCCACCACGCGGCCGCGCACGCGCACCCGGCGCAGACGCUGCACCAGCUGCACCACGAGAGCCGCCUGCCGCGCCAGAGCAGCGGCGCCGUCGACUCCGACUUGCCGUCGGUCGCUAAGAGCCAGGCGUCCCUGCCCAACACGAUACACGCGCGGGCCCAGCCGGCCAAGCGCACCGCGGCCGGCUCCAGCGGCGGCGGCGCGGCCGCCAACGGGCCAGUGCUGCCGCUCGUGGCCAGCGCGGCCGCGUCCGGCCUGCCCGGCGCCGCGCGCUGCGGCGCCGGCUUCCGCUCGGCCGCGGGGCAGCGCAGCGGCGGCGGCACGCCCCAUGACGGGCGCGGGAAGGGGCGGCUGAUCCCUCUCAUGGCGCAGCUGGCGCCGUGGGUGGCUGUCGCCAUCAUCGGCCUCAUCCUCGUGGCCGCGGCCGCGCCGGGCGGCGCCGACAGCGGCGCCGCGGCGGCGGCGGCGGCGCGGCCGACGCCUUACGACGUGCAGCUGUUCCUCGGGCCCUAUUUCUUCAACCCCAGCAUUGUGAAGCACCAGGGUGUGUACCUAGCCACAGCUCGGACCGCCCACAUGAAGCGGAUAGAGAAGACUAAUUGGUGGGCUGGCGGGGUGCUGCAGGGGCAGGGGGAGAAGUUGCAGCCCAACGGCGGCAGCUUCGGGCUCUCGGCGGCCGCCCCAGGACGGCGCGGCGGCUGGGGCAGGCGCUUCCAGGAGUGCCUCUGGGGCAGCGAGCGAAAGGCGGCUGACGUGGACACGCAGGGCAUAGAGGACCCCAAGCUGUUUGUGUGGCCGGGCAAGGGGGUGUACGCGGUCUUUGGCCGCAAGCCGGAGGCGCUGGGGGCGUCGCCCUACUGCAGGGACCCCAUUUUCGUCCAGUUCAUAGUGCAGGUGGUGGCAGAGGACACUCGGGACGAGUGGUCGAUCCACCGGCCGCGGGAGCUGAAGCUCGGGGAGUUUGGCCCUGCCAUCUACCGGGAGCAGUCUGCGGCCAGCCACGGCGCCCCCCUGAAGGAGAAGAACUGGAUGCCGUUCGUGCACGAGGGGCAGCUGUACAUGGCGCACGGCGUCAUGCCGCACAGGGUGAUCAGGAUGAACUCCACCGGCGUCGCGGCGCAGCACUUCCUCACCGCCAACGACGCGCUCUUCUCGCAGUACGCCGGGCAGGACGUGCACGGCGGCCCCCCCGUGGUGCGAAUCGGCCGUGGCGCGGCCGGGGGCGGCGCGGCGGCGGAGGCGGCGGCGGCGUGGGAGGGGGAGCCCUAUUACCUGGGGAUCUUCCACUUCUUCAUGACGUCUGGUGAGGGCAUCCACAAGGUGAAGGCGUACCACCACUACGCCUACAAGAUGGAGGCCCGCCCCCCCUUCAGGAUCUGCAGCGUCAGCGAGGAGCUGGCCCUGGUGACGCGCAAGAAGGAGGCCAAGAAGCCGGGGUGG